AUGCUGGUUACCUAUUUGGAAGCCAGCCGGGACCUUUGCGAGACGGACUCAAUUCUUUUUGGCGCCGCACUGGCAGUCUGCCGUAUUAUAGUCGCUAAACGUUCCACGGCUGGACGCGCUACUGGACAAAGUAGUGCUAUCCCAGCCUGGAGAAUAAGAAUUGAAGAACGUAUCGCAAGGGCUAGGGCCCUCAUCGGCAGACUGAUAUGCUUCAGGUCAGGCAAUACCAGGCCAAGGAUUGUGCGCACCGUCAGGAUGGCGUUUGCUGGGACAAAUGUUAGUUUGUCCCAGCCGGAUAUAACGCAAAAACUGAUGGAGCGCAUAGACGACCUGAAGCAAAGAAUUGCUGCUUGGGGAAAGCGGAUUCGGCUAUAUACCGAGAGGUCGACACGGUUCAACCAGAAUCGUCUCUUCCAGAGUGAUCAGAAGAGGCUCUACAAAUCAUUGGAGCGACCAAUAGUAAGUGGAACGGGCCCAGCAAUAAAUCAGGCCGACACGGUCGCAUUCUGGCGAGACCUGUGGUCAGAGCCCGUAAACCACAACGAGGGCCCUUGGACGAAAGUUGUGGUGACUCAGUGA